UGUCACCGCAGUCGGGGCUGUGUAUUUAUAUGAGGCAGGCUGCUUUCAUGGGGCUGCCGUCAGCCCGUCUGCCCGCCUCUGGACAGAUGAUCACCGCGAUUCACGCCUGAAUUUAGCUCCAUCGUAGACGACACCGUGGAUAUGGAAUGGUGCAUGCCGCUGGGCCAAGUUUUCAGCCUCUGAACAACACCGGAAUCAUGGACAGUCAUCCGCUGUGCACUAGACUUUGUCCACAUGCUCUGGACAAAGAAGACGGAGUCGAGAGGCAAGGUCCCGUCACUCUGAACCCUCGGCACAUGAGGAAGGCGUUCAAAGUCAUGAACGAGCUGCGCAGCCAGAGCCUGUUGUGUGAUGUGACCAUAGUGGCAGAGGAUGUGGAGAUCGCCGCUCACAGAGUGGUUCUUGCAGCUGGAAGCCCUUACUUCCACGCCAUGUUUACAGGGGAGAUGGCAGAGAGCAGAGCGAAGCGAGUGAGGAUAAAGGAGAUGGACGGCUGGACUCUGGGCCUGCUGGUGGACUACAUCUACACAGCAGAGAUACAGGUCACAGAGGAUAAUGUGCAGGCGCUGUUGCCUGCUGCAGGACUGCUCCAGCUGAAUGAGGUGAAAAAGGCUUGUUGUGAGUUCCUGAGCUCUCAACUUCAUCCGUCCAACUGUCUGGGAAUACGAGCCUUCGCUGACCUACACGCCUGCUCUCAGCUCCUCGCACAGGCCAACAGCUACGCAGAGCAACAUUUCCCUGAGGUGGUUGGGAGUGAAGAGUUUCUCAAUCUGGGCAUGGAGCAAGUGUCCAGCCUGAUCGCCAGCGACAAGCUCACCAUCCCUACAGAGGAGAAGGUGUUUGAAGCGGUUAUAGCUUGGGUCAACCACGAUAAAGACGUCCGCCAGGAACACUUGGCUCACCUGAUGGAACACGUCCGCCUGCCGCUCCUCUCCAGAGAAUACCUGGUGCAGCGGGUGGAGGAGGAGUCUCUGAUUAAGAAUAGCAGCGCAUGUAAAGACUAUCUGAUUGAGGCCAUGAAGUACCACCUGCUGCCAGCUGAUCAGAGAGCUCUGAUGAAGACCGCACGCACACGCAUGAGGACUCCAGCCUGCUGUCCAAAGGUGAUGGUGGUGGUUGGAGGUCAGGCUCCCAAGGCCAUCCGGAGUGUUGAGUGUUAUGACUUUGAGGAGCAGCGGUGGUACCAGGUGGCUGAGCUCCCAACCAGGAGGUGCAGAGCAGGUGUGGUGUACGUGAGUGGGUGUGUGUAUGCGGUGGGCGGUUUCAACGGUUCUUUGCGCGUGCGGACGGUGGACUGCUACGACCCGAUGAUGGACCGAUGGACGAGCGUGAGCAGCAUGCAGGACCGCCGGUCGACGCUCGGGGCUGCUGUUCUCAAUGGACUCCUGUACGCUGUCGGAGGCUUUGAUGGCAGCACAGGUUUGUCCACAGUCGAGGCGUACAACGCUAAGACAGACGAGUGGUUCCAUGUGUUACCCAUGAGCACCCGACGCAGCAGUGUAGGAGUGGGUGUUGUCAAUGGGAUCCUGUAUGCUGUCGGAGGUUAUGACGGCGCUACCAGACAAUGUUUAAGUACAGUAGAAGCUUACAAUCCUAAAAGCAACACGUGGAGUUAUAUCGCAGAGAUGGGUACGAGACGCAGUGGAGCAGGUGUAGGUGUGUUAAAAGGUUUACUGUAUGCUGUGGGCGGGCACGAUGGCCCCCUGGUGAGGAAGAGCUGUGAAGUUUAUGAUCCAGCCUCCAACAGCUGGCGACAAGUAGCCGACAUGAACAUGUGUCGACGUAACGCAGGUGUUUGUGCCGUAAACAACUUACUGUACGUGGUGGGUGGAGACGAUGGCAGCUGCAAUUUGGCCUCGGUGGAGUUCUACAAUCCAAACUCUGACAAGUGGACGCUACUGCCGACCUGCAUGAGCACAGGCCGCAGUUAUGCAGGCGUGACUGUGAUUGACAAGCCCUUAUGACUGCUCUUGACACCUGCCACUGAUUCGGAGCAGAAUGUAUUCUCUUGCUGAAUACCGAUCUUGGAUCUGUCUAUGAUGCCAAUGCUUCAAUAUUGGGCAGUAUUGGCACAGGCACUGACGAAGAUGAAGAAAAAUGACAAGAUUGUUAUUGCUGAAGGUGAUGAUGAAGAUUUUUGCACUUACCUGAUCGGGGGAGCUGUAACAAACAAGGGGACAGAACCUGUGUUUCUCUCCCCUCGUGGCGGGACUGCAGCAGCGACUGGACACACCAGUUUGAAGCACCACUGUACCACUGCAGUGCCAUUGAAACGCUACUGAUAUGAAGCUACUAUAACUGCAAAGUUACUUUAACAUUAGUAAUGUUAACAUGAACCAACUCUGAGAGAGACCACUCAUCUAAUCUACGGGAGAGGAAGGCAGAGAAGGACCAUUUGGGACUGAAAUUAGUUUCUCCUUCGUUUUUAUCCUCCUGAGAAGUGUGUGUUUGUGUGUCUGUGUGUGCGUGCUGGCAUAUAAAGGUGCUCCGUUGCUUGUGAGCAUGUGUGUUUGUGUUUCAUCUGUGUGGCGGCGGCGCCCGGCUCGACGCCGCGUCAUCGCACUCUGUCUGACCUCUGACCUCUUACAGUGUUGCAGUGUGGCUGCUCAAGAGUGCCUGAAUGUCAUCCCCGCUUCCCUCCUCUACUCCUUUUGUUAUGCCUUGAGUACUGUUACUGGACAGAGGACAGCUGGACUCGGCUGCUGUUCUGGGAUAAAGAAAUACAUUUUGACUUCAGAUCGGUAUGACGGUUGCAUUAGCCCGCGUUAGUUCAGAAUAAUGACGCGAGAAGCGGUUUCAGAAACACGAUAAUGUACAUUUAUCUCUGAGAAAACAGACUCGUUGGGAUACUAACUCUUCUGGUGAGGGAGAAGCAUCAUUCACGUUGCCAAAAAAAACAGUGACAGACAGAGGGAGAAGCUGUUUGAGAUGAAAAACAGUUGGAUGUAUCAGUGCUUUACUGUCACCUGGCAGCCACACUUACUGUGGUUGUAUCCACUGAUGACAGCAGCAGCAGCAGCCUGAACUCAUUGCAUGGUCCCUGUCUCCAACCUGCUAUCCUUCAACAGUACCUUCCUCUCCUUUGGUGUAGCAACCCUGUUAACUACUGCACACCCUGACGUACUAUGAAUGUGCCAAUUUUAAUAUGUCUCUUCUUUUUCUGUCUCUCUUUAUUACGCUACUUUACUAAUCUGUUCUCUCUAUCUGGAAAGUGACCAAACCUACUCUUGAGUUUCUGUUUUUUCAGUCUCUUUCUCUUGCCUCUCCUACUAUAUUGAAACUUGCUAUAAUAGUAACUGGUAUCGCUGUUUCUUGUCAGUGUAUUGAGGAAUGUCAUGUAGGCUAAUGACUUUGAAAAUGUUUCAUUACUUGUUUUAUAUUAUCAUUAAUAAAUAUGCUUCUUGUAUUUAAAGCUGUGAAAUGAUAUAAUCCAUUUUUAAAACUUUGCCAAAUCAGUAAAACAUUGAAAUUGAA